AUGGCAGAGGAAGCGUCGCCUGUGUCUUACGAGGACCUUGCCGCCAUCGAAGAUGAGUUCGAAGAGGUGGACUCCGAGAUUAUGCGCAAGCAGUAUGCGCUGUCGCAGACCGUGUAUAACAAGCGUGCAGACGCCGUAUCCAAGAUAUUGCACUUCUGGCCUCUAGUGAUCGAACAAGCACCGCCGGAGAUCGAUCAAUACAUUCAACCUCAGGACUCUCGAAUAUUCAGCGAACACCUGAAGAGCAUUGCCAUUUCACGACCGGAGCUAGACCGAGAUGCUUCGAAUGGCAACCCAAGAAGUAUGCACAUCAAGUUCGAGUUCAGUACAAACGAGUUCUUUACGAAUACAUCACUGGAGAAGACAUUCUGGCAUCGCCGCGCGAAGGAUGGGUGGGCAGGGUUAGUGUCCGAGCCAGUCAAGGUCCACUGGAAGAAGGGCAAGGAUCUUACGGAAGGCCUGACAGAUGCCGCAGUCGCCCUGUUCGGAGCGAGGAAGAAGGUGGGCGAUGUGACAGCCAAGGGUCUCCCAGAGUACACAGCAUUGGAGCGAAAGGUUGAGCAUUUGAACGGCGCGAACACGAGCUUCUUCACGUGGUUUGGUUUCGCCACCUCUGGAGAUGCUGAGGCACCGACGGAAGAAGAAGAUGAUGCGGAGAAUGAUGAUCAAGCGGUCGAAGUGCAUGAAGCUGGCGAAGAAGUCGCGAUCUGCCUGGCAGAUGACGUCUGGCCCAAUGCGAUCAAAUACUUCAUGCAGGCGCAGGAGGUUGGAGAUAUGUCUGAUCCGGAGUUUGAGGAGGAUGGCCAUGAUGAGGACGAGGACGACGAAGACGACGAACCCGUCGACAUUCGUAGUCUGGUGCAAGGCAAGGACAAAGGCCGCAUGAAGGACAGUAACGGCCCGCCCACGAAGAAGGUCAAGAGGUGA